AUGGGUAACGUUAUUUCUACGAUUGAACGUCCCCUGGUUUCAUGGCUGGCGGGUACUCAACCCCCACCCAGGAAUUCUACUAAAAAAGAAUUCAGAAAACAGCCAAACAUCCAGCCUUCUACGGACAGGUAAGUGGAUAGCGGCUGCAGGUAUAUUAGAAGAUGGGGGUCAGAGUUUGAUAAAGAGUAGAAUAAAGGAUGGUUUGUUAAUGGGCAUCAUUUCUAUAAAUAACAGAACUUUCCUGUAGAUUGAAUUGUGUUGUCAUUAUAUGAAUGGGAGUAAAAUCCUUAAAAUGUGAAUUUGUGUUUGAUACUUGUUAUUUUUCCUAACUGAUGAGAUAAAAAAUGAACACAACAAUGAAUGUGUAGCUUAGCCCAUUUGUAGUGAUUGAUAUAAAAUAGGCAGGCAUUAUACACGGGGGUGCAGAAAAAAAAGGAAAAUAUAUAGGAAUUAAUAAAGGUGUUUUGAGUCCAUAAUCAGACAGCAUCAUUCUGGGAUGAAAUGAGUCUUGAAGAAUCUCACAGGUUUUACACAUUAAAUCAAAUUAUUUAACCACUAUAAUACAACCCAAAUAACAAUGCAUAAUAUAUAAUGACUUAUUUUAUCAUCUCCCAAAAUCAUUUGGUUGUUCCAGAAAUAUGACCUCAAAUGUGUGAAAUUUGAAACUUCACUAAUCAUUUUCUCUUUCCUAAACAGGCUACCUCUUAAAUCAGAGCCCCAGACAUUCCCCCAAUUAUCAUCUAAUCUGGAUAUUUCUCCAGAAACUGAGAAGGGGAAGAGAUGGGAGCCACGGGAGCAGAAUGGUGGGUUUGUGGAAGAAAUUCUAAAAUGUUGCCAACAAGGCACAGAGAGACGUCGCCUUCCCCCUUCUGUUACAUCUAAAUUUGCUGUGCUUGAUAAAAGGUAAAUACUAUAUGAUCACAUUAACAAAUUGCGAUAAUAACCUCUAGGCUGGGUGCUGGAAGAAUUAGCCUGACCUUUUUUGUUUUUGUGUUUUUGUUCAAAAGCUUUAGACAUUAUGAUACCUAUGUCAGAUAUAGAAAAGAGGAGAAGAAACCUGAUGUACCAUACUAUAUUCGGGUGACUCCAAAAAAAUCCAACUUGGAAAUUCGUUAUGCUCGACCACCUAGGUAAGUGUAUCAUGAGACACAGAAUGACUGACCAUAAUCCUAUAAGGUUAUCCAAAUAAAACUGCAGGGUCCUCAGUAAGCCAAUACCCUGGUUCUCUCACUGGCUAUCUGUGUACACAGGAAACCAAUGAGAGAAGAUCCACAGAUAGAGAAAGAUGUCAAUGUUCUUUAUGAGCCAACAUCACAAAUUUCUGAGGAGUACUACAGCAACUUGACUUACCAGGAAUUACCUAAUUUCUAUAAGAUAUGUAUUUUAAUAUAAACAGAAGCUUUAAUGGUAAAAAGUAAACUAUUUACUGAAAUUACUGUAACCAGAAUGUAAUGUGCGUAACAUAAAUCAUCUGAUAGUGUCACUAUAAGCUGUGCAAUAAUGACUGAUAGAUAACGAGUGAUAGGGUAGCUGAUGGACUGAAAGUGAGAGGAAAGCUGAAGAGGAAUAAGAUAAGUGACAAAAUGGGCUGAUGGAUGGAAAGGGAGAAAAGGAUAUAAUUGUUACAACUGUAUUUUAACGUUUCCUAUUUUAAUUGCAGGGACCCAUUCCUAUUCUCUAAGGUGAAGCCUAAAUUACUUCCAAAACAAUACAAAACAACUAAAAAGGCUGAAAGUGUAAAUUAUUGUGCAGAGUGUCAUAAACAGGAUAAUAUUCUACAACCUGCACCUGUCACAAGUCUAGAGGAUAUUCCUUAUCGGCCUUCUACGGACAGGUAAGUGGACAGUUGCUGCAGGUAUAUUAGAUGGGGUUAUUGGAAGAUGGGGAUCAGAGUUCGAUAGAGAUUAAAUUAAAGGAUGAUUUGUUAAUGGGCAUCAUUUCUGUAAAUACCAGAACUUUCCAGUAGAUUUACAUUUGUAGUGAUGGAAUUUGAAAUAAAAUAAGCAGGCAUGAUAUACAGGGGUGUUAAAAAAAAAAAAGUAAAAUAUAUUGGAAUUAAAGGGACACCAUAGUCACCAGAACAAUUACAGCUUAAUGUAGUGGUUCUGGUGUCUAUAGUCUGUCCCUGCAGGUUUUUUUUUUGUGUGAAUAAAAUGUGUUUACAUUGCUCCUUAGGGUCACCUCCAGUGGCAGUCACCCAGACAGCCACUAUAGGUGCUUCCUAUGGCAGUGCUGCAGAGUGUGUAGCACUGACAUUCAGCAUCUCCACUCUCUGCAUGGAGACACUGAACAUUCUUAUCAAGAUGCAUCAAUUUAUGAUUGGCCAUGGCAGCAUUGCCUUCGCCCCCAGCAUGCCUCCUUGGCUGAGAUAAUCAAAAUUGACUAACUCAGUCAAUCCAAUUCUUUCUUAAGGUAAAGCAUUGGAUUGGCUGAGAUCAUCAAUUCUGAGUUGGAAAAAAGGUGAAAUAUAACCUUUACUUUAGGGGGGCUAAGGCCCUAAAUAGUGAUAUUAAAACUAUAGUGUCAGGAAUACAUAUUUCUGUUUCUGACACAAUAAUGCCCCAUUUAUUAAAUGUGUUUUGAGACCCCAAAUAGACAGCACCAUCCUGGGAUGAAAUGCAUGAUGUAAUUAGUCCAGACGUAUCAAAGGUUUUACACAUCAAAUUGAAUUAUUUAAUCGUUAGAAUACAACCCAAAUAGCAAUGCAUAAUAUCUCAUGGCUUCUUGUAUCAUCUCCUAAACACACUCUGUUAUUCCAGAGAUAUAACAUCAAUUUAUUAAUGACCUUUUUGUUUUCUGGUGUGUUUUUCUUCAAAAUCUUUAGACAUUAUAAUAACUAUGUCAGAUUUGGAAAAGAGGAGAAGAUUCCCGAUGUACCAUACUAUAUUCGGGUGACUCCAAGAGAAACUAACCAACUAAUGACAUGUGCUCGGCCACCUAGGUAAGUGUAUCAUAAGACACAGAAUGACCGACCAUAAUCCAAUAAGGUUAUCCAAAUAAACCUUCAGGGUCCUCAGUAUACCAAUAUCUUGGUUCUCUUACUGGCUGGCUGUGUACACAGGAAACCAAUGAGAGAAUAAACACAGAUAGAGAAAGAUGUCAAUGUUCUUUCUGAGCCAACAUCACAAAUCUCAAAUUGGAAAAUUUAAUCAUUACAAUAUGACCCAAAUAAUAACCUGUAAUAUAUAAUGGCUUCUUCUAUCAUUUUCUAAACACACUCAGUUAUUACCGAAAUAUAACAUCAAACGUGAAAUAUGAAACUCCAAUAAUCAGUCUUUCUUUCCUAAACAGGCUACCACUUAAAGCAGAGCCCCAGACAUUCCCCCAGGUAUCACCUAAUCUGGAAAUCUCUCCAGAUCCUGAGAAAGGGAAGAGAUGGGAGCCACGGGAACAGAAUGAGGGGUUUGUGGAAGAAAGUCUAAAAUGUUGCCAAAAAAGCACAAAGAGACUUUGCCUUCCCCCUUCUGUUACAUCUAAAUUUGCUGUGCUUGAUAAAAGGUAAAUACUGUGUGAUCACAUUAAUCAAAGGGGAGACAUCUUUUUGUUUUCUAUUGUUGAUGUUUGUUUUAACAAAUUGAGAUUUUUGUCUCUCCACUGGGUGCUGGAAGAAUUAGCCUGACCUUUUGUUUUUUUUUGUGUUUUUCAUCAAACCAUUUAGACAUUAUAAUAACUAUGUCAGAUAUGGAAAAGAGGAGAAGAUUCCCGAUGUACCAUACUAUAUUCGGGUGACUCCACGAGAAACUAACCAACUAAUGACAUGUGCUCGGCCACCUAGGUAAGUGUAUCAUGAGACACAGAAUGACUGACCAUAAUCCUAUAACGUUAUCCAAAUAAACCUUCAGUGUCCUCAGUAAACCAAUACCCUGGUUCUCUCACUGGCUGUCUGUGUACACAGGAAACCAAUGAGAGAAUAAACACAGAUAGAGAAAGAUGUCAAUGCUCUUUCUGAGCCAACAUCACAAAUCUCAAAUUGGAAUAUUUAAUCAUUACAAUACAACCCAAAUAGCAAUGCAUAAUAUCUAAUGGCUUCUUGUAUCAUCUCUUAAACACACUCUGUUAUUCCAGAAAUAUAACAUCAAUUUAUUAAUGGUAAAAUAAAUAAAGGAAAAGAGACAGCGCCAGACAACCAGUAAGGCAGCAACCCAACAAGGGAAUCCCCCCAAAACCCUAAAAUACAGGAUAAAAGCAAAAUAUAAAAGGAGGGCUGCGCCAGAAUAAACAGUGUCCAGUAUCAAUAGUUAUUGAAGAUUUUUAUGUAAUUUUAACACCAUGGGACUUGUCUCCCCACAAGUAACCCUAUCCUUUGGUUUUUUUUUGUUGUUUUUUUUUUUGUUUUUUUUUGUUUUUUUAGUUCUCUUUUUCUAGCUUCCGUUUUUAGAUCGCCUUAUGGGGAACUACAAUACCCAUAAGGCCGUGCGACUAUACUGCCGAAAACCGGAAGUGAUGAUUAUCACAUGACCAAUUGUGUUUUUAAUUUUAUAAUCCUUCUCAUCUUCGUUUUUAAUAAAAAACCACUGAAUAUGCCUCAUUAACCUAUUUACUAUCUGAGAAUAAUUUAAUACUGUUAAUUUGAGAUGUAAAAAAGUAUCUUUAUUCUGAUUGGCCGAAAUUUUUUGGUGCCAAUUUUAAAUUGAACUAUGUCUAUAUAAACACUAUCUGCCAGGUUUUGUAUUAUAUUCCAUUUGAUAAAGUCUGUUAGACGAAACAUGUUAUGGAAAUUUAAUUUUGUAUAAUAAAUAUUAAAGUUUUUGGUUAACUGAUAGUCCCAACUACUUUUAUUUAUACAUGUACCCUGGCUAUUUAUCGUUUUAGUUCAUUGUUAUAUUUUAUAUACACUCUAUUCUGAUUUUAAUACUAUCUCUACAAGUUCCUGACAACCAAAGAAAUCCAUAGGUGGGGAUUAUUCCACCAGCGCUGACAUCAAAGAGCAGUUGGUCUGCUCUGUACUUGUAAGUACGUUUUUUUUUAUUCUCUUUUAUAAUUUACAGUUAUACAGAGAGCACUAUUUGGCUGUUUCUGUUUCCUUUGAGUUUUGGAUACCCUGACGAACCCAUCAUAAAUCCCAUAAGCGGGGAUUAUACCGCUGUGUGCGCUUUACCCUAGAGCUGGACAGAAGCUCUGGAAAUUGUGAGUUCGAUAUCAUUAAUCAAUUUUUACUUCAUUUGAACCGUACAUUCUGCACCAUCGUUUGUUCUCUCCUUUUAUCUUUUAUAUAUUACCUGAAGAUCGCGUUCCUGUACCUAAAGACGACAGAGAGGAUACCUUUUUAGGUCGGACUUUUUAUCUUCAAUAACUAUUGAUACUGGACACUGUUUAUUCUGGCGCAGCCCUCCUUUUAUAUUUUUCAAUUUAUUAAUGACCUUUUUGUUUUCUGGUGUGUUUUUCUUCAAAAUCUUUAGACAUUAUAAUAACUAUGUCCGAUUUGGCAAAGAGGAGAAGAUUCCCGAUGUACCAUACUAUAUUCGGGUGACUCCAAGAGAAACUAACCAACUAAUGACAUGUGCUCGGCCACCUAGGUAAGUGUAUCAUGAGACACAGAAUGACCGACCAUAAUCCUAUAAGGUUAUCCAAAUAAACCUUCAGUGUCCUCAGUAAACCAAUAUCUUGGUUCUCUUACUGGCUGUCUGUGUACACAGGAAACCAAUGAGAGAAUAAACACAGAUAGAGAAAGAUGUCAAUGCUCUUUCUGAGCCAACAUCACAAAUCUCAAAUUGGAAUAUUUAAUCAUUACAAUAUGAGCCAAAUAAUAACCUGUAAUAUAUAAUGGCUUCUUCUAUCAUUUCCUAAACACACUCAGUUAUUCCAGAAUAUUAGAGAUUUUAGUCUCUCCACUGGGUGCUGGAAGAAUUAGCCUGACCUUUUGUUUUUUUUGUGUGUUUUUCUUCAAACCCUUUAGACAUUAUAAUAACUAUGUCAGAUAUGGAAAAGAGGAGAAGAUUCCCGAUGUUCCAUACUAUAUUCGGGUGACUCCACAAGAAACUAACCAACUAAUGACAUAUGCUCGGCCACCUAGGUAAGUGUAUCAUGAGACACAGAAUGACUGACCAUAAUCUUAUAAGGUUAUCCAAAUAAACCUUCAGUGUCCUCAGUAAACCAAUACCCUGGUUCUCUCAUUGGCUGUCUGUGUACACAGGAAACCAAUGAGAGAAGAACCACAGAAGCUUUAAUGGUACAAAGUAAACUAUUUACUGGAAUUACUGUAACCAGAAUGUAAUGUGCGUAACAAUGAUCUGAUAGUGUCACUAAAAGAUGUACAAUAAUGACUGAUAGAUAACGAGUGAUAGGGUAGCUGAAGGACUGAAAGUGAGAGGAAAGCUGAAGAGGAAUAAGAUAAAUGACAAAAUGGGCUGAUGGAUGGAAAGGGAGAAAAGGAUAUAAUUGUUACAACUGUAUUUUAACUUUUCCUAUUUUUUAAUUGCAGAGACCCAUUCCUAUUCUCUAAGGUAAAGCCUAAAUUACUUCCAAAACAAUAUAAAACAACUAAAAAGGCUACAAAUGUCCAAGAAAAAGAAGUAGACAAAAAAGAACUGGAAAAUGAAAAAAAGUAUUCUGCAGAGUAUUGUAAACACAAUAUUAUUCCACAGCCUGAAGCGGUCAAAAGUCUAGAGGAUAUUCCCUGUCACUUGCUGCAGGCAAGGUCUCUAGAGCCUACAGAGAUUAUCACACAUAUAGAAGACAACACUUCUCUAGAAUGCCCUGUUUCUACUAUUAAACCUCAUACAAGUGGAUUGACAGAGGAGUUGCCAGUAAACCUUGGUCAGCCACAGUCCACUUUAGGUUGUCCACAUGAGCCUGCAAAUCUAGAUUCUCAGAACCCAGUUACAGCUAUUUUACUACAGCCUACCUUUCUAGAGCCUACAGAGGUUAUCACACAUCUAGAAGACAACACUUUUCUAGAAUGCCCAGUUAUUACUAUCGAACGUCAUACAAGUGGAUUAACAGAGGAAUUGCCAGUAAACCUUAGUCAGCCACAGUCCACUUUAGGUUGUCCACAUGAGCCUGCAAAUCUAGAUUCUCAGAACCCAGUUACAGCUAUUUUACUACAGCCUACCUCUCUAGAGCCUACAGAGGUUAUCACACAUCUAGAAGACAACACUUCUCUAGAAUGCCCUGUUACUACUAUCGGACCUCAUACAAGUGGAUUGAUAGAGGAGUUGCCAGUAAACCUUGGUCAGCAACAGUCCACUUUGGAUUGUCAACCUGAGCCUAUGAACCUAGAUUCCCGGGAGGCUGUCAAAGAUCAAGAUCCAGGUAUUCUGUUAGUGGGCCCAGUUUGUCCUGCCAAAUCAGGCACUAGUGAAAUGUUAGAGGAGCUGCCUGUAAACCUUGGUCAGCCACAGUCCACUUUGGAUUGUCAACCUGAGCCUAUGAAUCUACAUUCUCGGGAAGCUGUCAAAGAUCAAGAUCCAGGUAUUCUUCUAGUGGGCCCAGUUUGUCCUGCCAAAUCAAGCACUGGUGAAAUGUUAGAGGAGUUACCAGUAAGCUCUGACAUUGUGAGUUAUCACUCCAAAACUACUUUGGAUUGCCCCACUGUUCAGCCAGAGGAGUUGCUUCUAUUCAAUCAAAAGGUUACGCCUGAGCAGGAACAAACUGAGAUGAAGAAUAAUCAGCCAGGAAAACAUGUGUGUCUGAGCAGUGACCAUGAAGAGCAGCCAUUGCCAGAAGACAAAGAAAAAGAGCCACCUGGUGAGGCUGAUAUAGUUCGAAAGAAAAGUCAAGACCUUCCAGUACCUGUACUCCAAGAGAAGAAAAAUAUUGAAUCAAAGGUGGAAAGGAUACACUAUGACAGGGAAUCUUUACUUAAAUUCAAAUCUAUAACACAAGAGCCAAGGGAUUUGUCUGAGAUUGCAAAACUCUACCAAGGUAUGCUCAUUAGACCUCACCUUCGACCAGUAGAUCCAUCACGAUUUACCAACAGGAAAUGUACACCUCUAACUGCAAAUUUCAUCCACCCUGCUAAGGAUAAUUACAGACUGCCAUGUGGAAUGGGCCAAAUGAGGUCCCCGCAAGCUCCUAGUACAGAACUUCGCAAAAUCCUUCAAGUAAGUGAGAAUAUAAAACCGCAUACAUCUGAAAAGGCUUGGAAACCUCCCAUGAAAAGAGCAAAUGAAGAUCACACUCUUGCCAAGGCUCAAGAAUUGGUUCGCAAAGUUCGCAGCAUUCUAAAUAAAAUCACACCUCAGACAUUCCAGCACUUAACCAAGCAGGUGAAAGACCUCUCUAUACAUACAGAAUAUCAACUGAAAGGUGUUGUAGAAGUCAUCUUUGAAAAAGCAGUAGCAGAGCCACAUUUUGCUGUUGUAUACGCCAGCAUGUGCAACUGGCUAAUGAUGCUUGAGGUCCCAACGGAAGACAACCCUGAAGAAAGCAUUACAUUCCGUAGGCUGCUAAUAAGACUCUGCCAGAAGGAGUUUGAGAGAGUUGAAAAUGGGAAUGAAAAAACUGAGAAACUGCAAAAGGAACUGGAUGCUGCCACAUCACCGAGGGAAAAGGCCCUACUAAAAGACGAAUUAAGUGAUGCUUGUAAUAAAGCACGCAGGCGAUACCAAGGAAACAUCAAAUUUAUUGGGGAGCUAUUUAAGCUAAAAUUUCUCUCUGAAGACACCAUGAAAGACUGCCUAAUGAAACUACUAAACAGGAACAGCGAGGAGUCCAUCGAAUGUAUCUGCCUUUUGCUCACUACAAUUGGAAAAUCCUUGGAAAAUGGACAGUGUCGCUUGGACAACUAUAUCAACAAGAUUGACAUCUUUAUUAAAAACCAGAAAACCUCUUCGCGGAUUCGAUUUUUGGUGCAGGAUGUGAUGGAAUUAAGAAAAAAUAACUGGGUACCUCGACAUACACCUCAGGGACCGAAAACAAUAGAGCAAAUUCAUAAAGAGGUAGAACUGGAAUCUAGACGAAAAGAGCAGUGA